AUGGUGAGCGGCACUUUCGGCCGAGCCAAGCGAGUCACCGACCCGCUCGACGACAGGGCCAGAGCUCGACUCAUCUCCGGCCACGACCACCUCAGCUACGCCAGCAGCGGCAGCGAGCAUUCCGCCGCCGACGUCGACCUCGACGACGACGAUUCCCCUUGCCUCUCCCAUCUCGUCCAAGGUUUCCUCGAGGAGGAGGCGGAGAACGAUUCCUCCUCAUCACUCGCCGGUCACGAUUCCGACUCCGAACCGACCGACUCGCUCCCGGACUUCCCCGAUUCUUUCGCUGACAUCGCCUUCGCCGCUGACCCCGGCCGGAACCUACUGUCGGCGCAGGUGAACAAGGCCGCCGCGCUGGCCUUCUCCCACCUCCGGAACCAGAAACCCGCGCUCCGGCGCGAAGUGAUGUCGUUUCUCAGGGAGUCCGGCCACAAUGCCGGGAUCUGCAAGACCAGGUGGGACUCCUCCGGCGGUUUGACUGGCGGGACGUACGAAUUCAUCGACGUCUUCCUCUCACCGGCGGCGGCGUGGCCGAAGCGGUACAUUGUAGAUCUGGAUUUCGCGUCGCAGUUCGAGAUUGCGAGGCCGACCGCGCAGUACCAGAGGGUGCUGGACUCCCUGCCGAGAGUAUUCGUCGGCGGGAUCGCGGAUCUGAAGAGGAUUGUGAGGGCGGUGAGCGACGCGGCGAGAAGGUCUCUGAAAUCGAAGGGCCUCUCGCUGCCUCCGUGGAGGAAAAAUCGCUACAUGCUAAACAAUUGGCUUGGGCCUUACCGUCGUACGAUCAAUCCGGUGCCGGCAAGCUCAUUCCCGUCGGUGAUCGGUGGCGGCCAAUGUAGGGUAGUCGGUUUCGACGACGGGGUAGGCGGCCGCCUCGUGGUCCGUACAUGA